UGUGCCCGUACAUUGCUUGUCAUUCUGGAUUUUGUUGUGGAAAGCACUGGCGAUUACCUGAAUUAAAGUAUUUUUUCUCACCAUUAGGAAAUGAUGGGAUGUAUUACAUCUGCAGCGGGCAUCCUUGCUUUGCUGGAUGAGCCAGAAGCUGAGCUUCAAGUCUUUGCUCUGGAGAGGCUCAAUGAGAUCAUUGAUGUCUUCUGGCCUGAGAUUGCUGAUUCAGUUCAGAAAAUUGAAGCACUGCAAGAAAAUGAGACCUUUGCAAAGCGGGAAUUGGCUGCCCUUGUUGUGUCAAAAGUCUACUUCCAUCUUGGCUCCUACUUGGACUCCCUUAACUUUGCUCUGCGAUCUGGCUCUCUGCUCUCAAAGGAUCCCAACACUCUCUACAUCGACACUAUCAAAGUCAAUGCCAUCGACCACUAUGUUGGGCUGCGGAGGGACGCAGAGAAGAUGGACCCAAGACUUGAGGCGUUGCUGAAUGGCUUGUUUGAACACAGCCUGCAGGAGCACCAGUAUAGACACGCACUUGGUAUUGCCAUCGAGACCCAGCGGAUGGACUGGUUCAGUCAAGCCAUUGCAGCUUCGGACGACCGCGUGGGCAGCAUGCAGUACAGCUACCGCAUGGCCAUGCAGUAUGUAGAGCAGAAACUCUUCAGAGAUACUGUGCUGGAGGAGCUGGUUCGCCUCUACCAGAAAGACACUCAUAGGCCUGACUACGUUAAUAUGUGCCAGUGCCUCAUUCAUCUCGACAGACCUUCUCACAUUGCCACUAUACUCGACUCCCUUAUUAAAGAUGACUCCCUUAAAACUGCAGCCAUGGACAACGAGUUGAUGGCAUACCAGAUUGGUUUUGAUCUUUAUGAGAGCGCAACACAGGACUUGCUGUGCCAAAUACACAGAGAGCUCUGCGCUACUGCCCCUGUACCAUCUCUGAUCAAGGCUAUGCAGCACCAGGAGCCUAGGAAAGGAAAAGAUGGCGAUGAUGACGGUGAGGACAAGAAGGAAGACGAGGAAGAAGAAGCAAUGGAAGCCGAGAACCUGGCUUCAAAGGAUGAAGCGGAAGGAGAUGUCGCGUUACCGGAGGAAGAGAAAUUAUCUGAUAAAGUUGACACAGCCUCUGCUGACCUGAAGUUGCUCGAGGAUUUGAGCCCCGAAGAGAAAAUUCAUCAAAGCCGCUGCGAGAAAAUGUCUCAGAUUUUAUCAGGGGAGGCAACGAUCCAGCAACACCUGCAGUUCCUGAUCAGCAACAACCACAGUGACCUGCUGAUCUUGCGCCACACCAAGGACGCGGUGCGGGCCUCAGUGUGCCACACAGCCACCGUCAUCGCCAACGGCUUCAUGCACUGCGGCACCACAUCGGACCAGUUCCUCAGGGAGAACCUGGACUGGCUCUCUCGAGCCACCAAUUGGGCUAAGAUGACCGCCACGGCGUCCCUGGGAGUCAUCCAUCGUGGACACGAGAAGGAGGCCCUCACGCUCAUGCAGGCAUAUCUGCCCCGCGAGAGCAACAGCCCAGGCUAUGUGGAGAGUGGCUCGCUCUACGCCCUUGGUCUGAUCCACGCGAACCACGGAGGUGCCAUCAUUGACUACCUCCUGACGCAGACGAAGGAGACCAACAGCGAGGUUGUGAGGCAUGGAGGUUGUCUGGGUCUCGGUCUGGCAGCGCUGGGCACGCAGCGCGUCGACAUCUACGAGCAGCUGCACAAGUGCCUCCUUACUGACGACGCGGUCACUGGCGAGGGCGCUGGUCUUGCCAUGGGACUCGUCAUGAUGGGCUCCAACCACACCAGAGUGAUCAGGGAAAUGGUCGAACACGCUAGGGAAACUAGCCACGAGAAGAUAACUCGUGGCCUUGCUGAGGGUAUCGCCAUAGCCAUGUAUGGUCAGCAGGAUCAGGCUGAGGACCUCAUCACCGAACUGCUGGCUGAUAAGAAUGCCAUCCUGCGGCGUUGUGGCAUGUACACCAUAGCCAUGGCGUACUGUGGCACAGCUUCUACGUCUGCCAUGCGGCGCCUUCUACACGUCGCGGUCUCUGACGUAGACAAUGACGUGCGCCGAGCGGCGGUUGAGGCCCUCGGCUUCCUGCUGUUCAGGUCGCCUGAUCAGGUGCCGAGCAUGGUGUCGCUACUGUCGGAGUCAUACAACCCCCACGUGCGCUACGGAGCGGCCAUGGCGCUGGGUAUUGCCUGCUCCGGCACAGGACACAAGGAGGCCCUCAAUUACCUUGAGCCUCUCACCAACGAUCCUGUUAACUUUGUCCGUCAAGGAGCCCUGCUGGCGUCGGCUCUCGUUCUCAUACAACAAACCGAAGUCACGUGCACUAAAGUCAAGGAUUUCAGGCAGCUUUAUGCUAAAGUGGUCGCUGAUAAACAUGAAGAUUCCAUCGCUAAGUUUGGGGCGAUUUUGGCGCAAGGUAUCAUUGAUGCGGGUGGUCGCAACAUGACGAUCUCGUUGCAGUCCAGAACUGGCCACACGAACAUGACCUCCGUUGUUGGUAUGUUUGUUUUCACUCAGUUUUGGUACUGGUUCCCUCUUGCCCAUUUCCUCUCCAUGGCUUUCACUCCUACUUGCCUCAUCGGACUGAACCAUGAACUGAAAAUGCCCAAGAUGAACUUCGUUUCCAAUGCAAAACCAUCGAUGUUCGGUUAUCCUGCUCCUCUCGAAGAGAAAAAGAAAGAAAUCGCCGAAAAAGUCACUGCCGUGCUUUCGAUUACGGCCAAAGCCAAGAAGAAAGACGACGAAAGAAAGAGAAAAGAACAUAAGGAAGAAAAAAUGGAUGUGGAUGAAGAUGCAAAAGACGACAAAGAGCCUAAAGAAAAAACCGACAAAAAAGAGACAAAGGAAAAAGAUAACAAGGGUAAGAAGAAAGAGAAGGAAACCAAGGAUAAAGAUGCAAAGGAAAUUAAGGGUGAGAUCAGCAAGAAAGAAAGCGAGGAGAAGAAGAAGGAAGAGCCGAGCAUGGAUAUACUGAACAACCCUGCGCGUGUGAUGAAGCAGCAGCUUCGCGUGAUGCGCAUCCCUGACAACUGCCGCUACCAGCCCGUCAAGGAUGUGGGCAUCGGCGGCAUCAUCCUGAUGAGGGACAGCACCCCCGACACCAGGCAGGAGCUCGUGCAGCCUGUGCCUGCCAUGGGGCCUAAGACUGAGGAUGAAAACGAGCCCGAACCUCCCGAACCCUUCGAGUACAUCGACGAAGAUUAGAAGCUGCACUUGACACUUGUAUACCUUCUUGUUGAUGAGAGCUGGACAAAUUAACGAUUGGGACAAAACUUGAAGGCAGUUUUUUGUAUAAUUUUUAAGUUUCUUGCUCUUAAAAGCUUUAGCGGUAGGUACGGCGCAGAAAAACCUUUUUCAGUGAUGGUUGAUUGGACUCCGUGCUAGGAGAAAAUGAACGAACCUUCACGAAAAAAUAGUUUCUCAUCUCGGCAAAAAAAUUAUGUACAGCAUUGGAUAUAAAUUAAACAUACGUUACUAGGUCAGUUUAUUUUGAAUUAUUUUGAAAGAGCGUCGUUCUCCUUACAAUGGAAGUGCAAGGUUCAAAUACUAUUUGAUAUUUCA